AUGGACAUACGAAAGUGGCUAGACGAGACAGUGCAACCGGAAGCACCGCGCGAGCCCAAUAACCUUCAUCAGACCGCAGAGCCUGCUAAACGGAAGCGCCGCCGCAGAUCAGACAGCUCCCUCCUCGAUCCCCGUCCACUUGCAUCCUCUCCGCAUAAGCCAGCGGAGGAUAGUGCUGACGAGGCGCUCCAGGCGACAUGCAGCGACAGCUCUAGCAGCAGCCGAUAUGCGCGCAAACCUCGUAGAAAGACGCGUCCAGAGCGGUAUGAGCCACAGUAUGCGCCAGGUCCCCAUGCCCAUCGCGAUCGUAAGGACAAAUCAAGGAAGUCGCGACGCAAGCCUCGACGCAAGAAGGGCGAGAAGGCAUCUGGUGUUAUGCAGACCUUCCAGGCCACGAACAUGUCUGGAGAUCGGCUGACCUUGAAGCCACGGGAGCAGCUAGGCCUCUUCAACAAGGGACGGACAUCUACUGCAAUCAAGGGCCGCGGGUUGCCCGAUCUGGUCUUCUCGGAGAUGAAGUUCUUGCAGCAGCACAAAGACGAAUCAGAGCCUGUCCCUCGAACCGACGCGUCCAAAAAGAAACGCAAGAAGGACAAUGAACAGAUGAAGGAAGGAGAGAUCUCCGCUUUCUUCACCUCAGCGCGACCGGCAUUAGUCGACAAGGACACGAACAUCCUACCGCAGCAUCCUGUACCAAAAACUAAGCGGCGUCGUCGUGAUCAAUCCUCGGUAGAUGACACUGCUAUACCUACUGUUGAGGCUACAGGCCAAGCCUCAUAUUUAGCUCAGCAGGGUCCCACUGUACGCUUCGCGGAUCAGUCUCAUCAUGGACCGGUGAUGCCAAAUUUUGCUGGCCCGAGCAUCUACGAACAACAAGCACAGCGUCAGCGACCUCGUAUGCAAUGGGAUCGCGAGGAAGAACCUCUCCAAAGUCAAUACCAUUUCGAAGAAAACUACCUAGACCAAGGAAAUCAAAUGGAAUACGACGACGUGAUGGAGCAUGAUGACGAGAACUGGGGAGGGCUUCUAGAAGAGCCCCUGUCGUAUAGCCUUGAUAGUGAUCCUGACAUAUACGGCGGUAUCGAAGCACACCCCGGGACUGAGAUUGAGCUGGUCCAGGAUACAAGACCAGAAAACGAUACGGUGGCUCCUGGAUUUUGGCGGCCGAAUAAACUGUACUGA